AGAGGUUUCUAGAUAGCGAAGUUCACAAACUUCCUUCUGUCUGGGACAGUCUGCGGGAGGGCCCCUGGCUGCCCACUAGCUCUCUGAGGACUGAAGUGACGGGUGGGCAGUGCUGCUGCCUGAGAGCCUGUGACAUUUCCGCACUCGGGGCCAGUCUGCGCCUGAUUUGCCCGGGGUGGUUUUCUCUGUGGGAGAACAAAAGCAGCUCAGGGGCAGCGCCUAUGGAUUCCAGUUCCAUGGAUUCCAGUUCUGAGGAGAAAGGUGCAGCCAUGGCCAUCCCCCCGCUGAAGCCCAGCGAGAAGUUCCACCUGUUUGUCAGUUACAGCAGCAUGGAUGCCACGUGGACACAUGGGCUCAUCGGCCGCCUGGAAGCCGACCACGCGGGGCUGCGGGUCUGCCUGCACGAGCGGGACUUCACCCCAGGCAGGAACAUCCUGGAGAACAUGGCUGAGUGCAUCCAUCAGAGCCAGAAGGUGCUGCUGGUGCUGAGCCAGGACUUUGUGCAGAGCAGGUGGUGCCUCCUCGAGGCCGACCUGUCACUCUUCGGCUACUGCCUGGAGAGGAAGCCGGUCAUCCCCGUCCUGCUGCGGCCCUGCCAGGUCCCGCUGCACCUCAGCCACCUGACCUACCUGGAGGCCAUGGACAGCCGUUUCUACAGCAAGGUGGUGCGGCUCCUGUGCACACCCAGCCACUGCAUGGCGCGAUCCCUGCCCGGCCCGCGCCCGGUCCCUUCUUUCUACAGCGGGAAGACCUUGCUGACCCUGAACUGUGUCAACAGGGACAGGCUGCCCUCGUGGAAGGUGGGGACCUUCAGUACCCUGAGCGUCCCAGACCCCUUGAAGGAGGUAUUGCCGGACCCCGAGGUGUACAAGCAUGCUGUGGGCAUCCUGAAUGGGGUACAGUCCCCCAGGUCCUGCCUCCGGUAUCUGGGUUGCAGGAUCCUGCUCAGCAUCUUUCUCCUUCUUCUCUUCUUGUCGUUGAUCUUGCUCUUCGUGGUUUUCGGGCUCGAGCCCAUAACACCAGGUCUGCGGUUCCUGCUAAUCACCACCAAUGUGUUCUGCAGCCUCCUCAGCAUGGUCUUAGCAGUUAACAGUCUGUGUUGGUUCAGAAGGUUUUCUAGGAGGAAGAUGCAGGAGCUGGGCCUCAGGGUGGGGGAGGCCAACCUGCUGCUGGCGCCACACUCGGUGCUGAUGGGCUGCCAGACCCUGAACCAGCUGUCCUUCGUGUUCGUGCAGCUGGAGGACUGCAGGCAGACGUUCCUCCAGGCCCCCGAGGGCGAGGCCCUGUUCCGGGAGGCCCUGCUGCAGUUCUCCUGUGCCUACGCGUGCUGCCUGGUGCAGGCACACUUCCCCCACUGCGAGGACACCGCGGCCUCCCAGGGCCACCUGGAGCCCGGCCUGUGCUUCUGCCAGUACGUCUCUGUGCAGCUGGAGAGAGGUUAACCCCAUGUGGCGGUGGGAGGGCCUGUGGAAGGGCCUUGUGUGGACAUCCAGCCGCCCCUUGGCCGGUGCUGUGGACGUGGCCGCUGUGAGGCCUGGCUGGUGCGCUGCCUCUCACGUCUGGUUAGUUGUGCCAAGCAGGGCAGCCUGCACUGCCUGCUCUGAGGGCAGAGUGACUGCUCUGUCCCGACAGACUGGGGAGGGGGACUUUGGUCAAACUACCUGAGAGACCCUUAGGACUGGCCUGCCCCUCUCUGGAUGUCCAGGGGCCAGAGCAGAAUGCAGCUCCUACAGGCACCUGCCCCUCGUUCUGGGACACGGAGAUGAGAACAGGUCAAUCCCUAGGGACUUGGAAAUACAAACACACACACACACACACACACACACACACACACACACGCUGCGCUCCUGCCUUCAGUGCUGAGAGUUUGCAGGGUGCCGGCCGCAGCCAUCCUUGGCUGGAAAUGGGAGAACUGGGUUGUACUGGGCAUGGUCAGAUUUGCGUCUGCGGCCGUUGAUUCCAGACCGGUGAGCCCUUUCUGCUCUGCAUGGCCCCAGGUCCUGAAAUAAAGACCCCAGCCUGUCUUCAUCCUCCCUUCUGGGGAGGGUGUGCGGGGGCUGCAGCAGCACCUCCCAGAACCGUGGCCAAGCAUGGCGGUGCAGCAUCCUCAUCCUCGCUGCUGCUGCCAGUCAUCCCACAGGAACAGGGCAGCAUCCCCGGGAGGUAACUAGGAACUGGUUCUGUUCUUUGGGUCAAAGCAGGGAGCAGCAGCAGGCUGAGCCCUGCCUGAGCUGCGCCCCCCGGAGAGUGAGAUCCCCACACCUUACGCUUCACACCUCUCCCCAAGACCCCUCUCUGUUCUGGCCCAAGCACGGGCAGGACCUUGGAGGUGAGGGUUGGCCCCAGGGUAACAUGGGCAGGCUACCCUCUGUGAAAGAGCAGUUGGCAGGUGAUGACCUGCCAGACUUGAAGUCUGGUGCUGGGAAGAUUCCCUGCCACCUGCGGAGCCUUGGGUGGGCCCUGGCCAGAUGCUACGCUGGUGAGAGUAGCUCAUUGGUUCUGUGGUUUUGCUGCCUGCCGGGCCCUAAACUGACCCUCACCCCCUCCCACAGGCCCAGGCCCAGGCAGUAGCUGCAGAGUCACAAAUGUAGUUCCUCAUUUUACAUCCCACUGCCCUGGGAGUGACCUUCCUGUGGGAUUGGGCAUGUGGACUCUCAGCAUGACAUCGACAUGCAACCUGCCCAGUCCCACAGGAUCCUGCAGUUCUGGGAGGUGCUGAGCAUCAUGGCACAGGCCGGGAGUCACCCUGUGAACCGGCCUCCUUUGGAUCACCCCCCUCCAGAGUGCCAGGCUCCUCUUUCUUCCUGCAGCUCCUUCCCAGGCGCCAGGCAGAGGAGCCUGCUCUGUGCUGGGCACUGACCCGACAAGCUGACGUGUGUCUCUGGGACAGCAACCUCGGUGAGGGGCUGUGAUGACUGACCUGAGAGGGGCUCCACCUUCUGGAUCCCAUCCCUGUGUCCCAGGCCCGGCUCUAGUGAGUGUUUGCGUGAUGAAGAAGGGAAUGUAACCUUGAAAUGACCUUGAAGACAUCUGAGGGUUGUGCUUGUGAUUUACUGAGAUGGGGUGGAGGCUGUGACAGGAAGUAGGGAAGCAGAGUGGGAGGCGGCCAGGUGAGGUCAGCUUGUAGAAGACUAACAGGUUGCACACGAUCUGACCCAUAAAAGGAUGACCCCAAGGCCCUGGUUCCCCCUAUGCCACUGUCCCCAGCGUGGUCUCUCUCUCUGAGGGUCCAGGUCUCUUCUCAGAUGAACACAUGGAAUCUCUCACAUUUUCCUUGAACCUGUUCCCAUCAUCAUCGGGGCCCUCGCCAGGGAGCCCAUGGACCUGGCACACACUAUGUGUCAGAAUUAUGUUUGACUUUUGGCAUUUUAUCUGACACGAUUAAAGCCUCACCAGCUGUU